AUCGCCUCCUCCCUUCCCCAGCUAUUUAGGGAUGAUUCAGAUGAGCCCUCCCAAGCCUCUCUUCCUGACAUCAUCCCAUCCCUGCUUCAGAGACCAGUUUCCUCUCUGCCUUUACCACCCCCUCCACCUUCUCCCCGCUUGCUCCCACCUUGUCUCUGUCCUCUUCUGCGUCGUUGCUGUCCUCUCCUUGGCUCUUUUCGCCUGCAAGCUGCUCGCUUUCUUCUCCAGGUGCGCGCCCCCACCCAGUGCUCCGCUGUGCGCUUGCGCCCUACAGCCCCGAGAGCCCGACGCAAAGGAGGUGGAGGAACCUGAGCUGCGCGCGGGAUCUGGGCUGCAACCUGUGGCCGCAGUCGCCUGCUAGGCGCCCUCCUGCCCGCGAUGGGCUGCUCCAGCAGCGCCCUCAACAAGGCCGGCGACAGCAGCAAGCUCCGCAGCGGUGAGCAGGGGACGGGACCCAACUCCCGCUCAGGCCUCGGGCUUCGGGUCGGCUCGCUCCCUGGGGGUCCAACAGAAGAAAGUGAGUCCUGCUUAGUCCAGCCAAAACCACGUAUACUGGGAAAAGAAUCGACUUUAUAUGGCCAGGUACAAAAGGGAAGCCUUCCUCCACUAGAAAAGCUCAAGAUUUCUGCUGUGUCUACAGCUAAUGGUGUUAAGUCCCUCCAUGAACAGCCCUUGGCAAAGGAUGCUGCAGACCCACCAGGAUCCACAGAGGAGACACAGCCUCUAGAGGAACAGAUGGAGUCUGGGCCACCUCAGCCAGAUGGCAAGGAUGAUACUCCAGAAGCAGGAGGAACGAAGAAGGAUGUGGAAGCAGUGACCGAGGCUCAACUUUUUAAAGGAAAUGCUGAGACUGAAUCUUUGGGAGCAGAAGCCAAGGGUCAGCCUUUGAGGACAGCAGGAGAGAUCACCUCUCUUGGAGCAGUGGGAGGUACUGAGAAGCCACAAGCAGCUGGAGAGAUGAAACCUCUAGAAAGAGCCGAGAAAAUCCCACCUCUGGAAGCGGCUAGAGGGCCACAAUCUCAAGAAGUUGUGGGAAAGGAUGGACAGUCCCAACUCCCAGACCCAGUUCCCAAGGAGACGGCAUCUCCAGAAAUACUGGAAGGAAGUCAACUUGUGGAAACAGCUGCAAAGCAGCAAGUUCAAGAAACCCUGGGAGAAGAUGAGCAGUCUCAGCUGGUAGAAACAAUUCCCAAAGACAAUGAAUCUCUGGACGUAUUGGACGGAAGUCAGCUUGUGGGAGCAGAGCAAGAGCAGCAACUUCAGGAAACCCUGGAGACAGAUGAGCAGCCCCAACUUCUAGAGAUGACUCCCAGAGAGAACGGAACACUGGGAGUAUCAGAUGGAAGUCAGCUUGUGGAAACAGCUGUAAAGGAUGAUUUGCUCCAUACAACGCCUGAGAGUCCAGGAAACAUGGAGAAGAUCCCACCUGGGAGAGCAGUUGGAAGCAUGGAACAUCCAGCAGGAAGUCCAGAGACAGGGGCAGAGGUGGAAAUGGUCAGGAAAAUUCACACUAACAAAGAGGACCAACACAUUGAAGGUGAGACAGGAGAAAAGGUUGAAACAGAGAUGGAGGAUGAGAAAGUAAGUGAAGGGGCUGAAACAAAAGAAGAAGAAACAGGAGAAGCUGUGGAUUUGUCAGCAGCCACAUAGGUACGGUGAUGGAAGGGCGAAUGGACACAGCGUGUUAUAAUGGAGACGACAGAAAAAUGCAGCAGAGCUAGUGGUUACAGAUCUACAGAUCCUACCGAUCCUACCUUUCCAUGUCUACAA